AUGGAACAAUCAGUCUCAAUAGAAGAAGCAAAACCAACGGUAACCAAAAGAAAUAAUAUUUGUUCAUGGCUUCAACGUAUUGUUAAUAUUGAUGAUGUACCAAAUCAAAUACAUUAUUAUGCUGGAUUUAUCAUUGGUACAAGUGCUUUACAGAUAUUUAUUCAUCUCUUAACAUAUAUCAACAUUUUUUGGAAUGGUCGACCUUUUCGGUUUACUUUAUCUUAUCUUUUUAUAUUUUUUGUUCCAUGUAUGCGACCAACCAGUGAUGUUAGUUGUGGUUCAUUGAUAAGAAAUACAACAUGCGAUUAUGAUAAUAGACUCAAACAUAUAUGUUUCUCUUUCAUGUAUCCACAUCAACUAUGGAGAUUUUUUUCUGGUGCUCUGUUUCAUAUGGUUUGGUAUCAUCUACUAACUAAUAUUUCUAAACAACUCCUUUAUGGAAUUCUACUAGAACGUAAAUAUGGUUCAGUUCGUGUGGCUAUUUUAUACUGGCUUUCAAAUAUCAGUGCUAGUUUAAGUUUCAUGCUAAAAAAUGGAAAAAGAGCUGGUAUGGGCGCUUCUGGUUCUAUUUAUGGUCUAAUGAUAUUCUUCGUUAUGGAUCGACUUGUUGCUAUACAAGAAAAGACCGAACGUCGUUUGUUCGUACUAUUGCAAAUAUUCUUACUGGUGAUACUUCCAAAUGCCCCAACUAUGAUUAUAAUAAGUAUUUUGAAGUUUCCAGUCGGGCAUUCAGCUCAUUUUGGUGGUGGUUUAGUAGGUUUUUUACUUGGUGUUGGUAUAUUAGGUUGUCAUUUGCCUUGGAUUAAUCAUCAGUGUCGCUAUGGAAUAAUACAUAAAUACAUAGCAUUUUCUUUACUCUUUAUUUAUUUUCUUACAACUUUAACUAUCUUUUUCGUAAAUGACGCUCCUAAUGUCUCCUACAUUUUAAUCUAG